AUGCGGCUUCUCAACGUACACAGCCUCCGGAUAGAGUCGAGGGACCCGUCGGCACAGAUAUACGCCAUUCUCUCGCACACCUGGGGAGACGAGGAAGUUACGUUCCAAGAAUUCCAAGGCCCCGAUAAACAUUCCAAGAAAGGAUACAAGAAGAUUUUGGACUAUUGCAACCAGGCCAGGGAAGACGGUAUCGACUGGGUCUGGAUCGACACUUGCUGCAUCGACAAGACGAGCAGUGCGGAACUUUCAGAGGCCAUCAACUCUAUGUACGCGUGGUAUCGAGAUGCCGCCGUAUGUUACGUAUUUCUCGAGGAUGUGCCUCCCUUGACUCCCCAUUUUCCAGAGGCCGAGUUUUGA